GCUCAUUCAGUAGAACACAUUCUUACUGAAGAUAAUUGAUUUGGAUGUCCUUUCGGAUUCACAUAUAAUUAAGAGGUGGAGCUAGAAUACACAGAAAACAAACCACCAAGAUAAACAUCCUGAAUUACUGUGCAAACCCAGAAGUAUAAAUGAGGCUCUUAUGUAAAUUUUUUUGUAUUUCUGAAGAUUUCAAGCUUUAGAAGUCUUCAGAUUGCAAUGGAUCGCAAAGGUCUUUACUUCGUGGCAUUCGUGCUGAUGUUAGGGUUCUCCAGUACAGUUGGUGAAUAUGUUGGCUUAUCUCCUAGUCAAUGUAUCAUCCCAGCCAAAGAAAGAGUAGAUUGUGGUUACCCUCAAGUCACUCCAGAACAGUGCAAUAACAGAGGGUGUUGCUUUGAUUCCAGCAUUCCUGAAGUACCCUGGUGCUUCAAACCUCUUCAAGACACAGAAUGCAUAUUUUAAUGUGAAGAUGUCUUCUCCUGGAUAUCAUCAGACAAAUCAGUAAUCAAGUCUUUGUAAUUUGUACAACAUUCUCAGAUGAUUAUUGCAUUUUGUAAUCUAAUAUCAGCUUUUUAAUCCAGAGAACUUUAGUUU